AUGAUCCUUGAAGCCAUCGUUGACCACCGUCUUUGGAUUUGGCAUGCUCACUUUGGCGUGGCGGGGUCAAACAAUGACAUCAGCGUGCUGAACACGUCGAGUCUCUUCACCGAGCAAUGCAAUGGCAACGGUCCGGUUAUCCAGUUCACUGCCAACGGACAACAGCAUCAUAUGGGGUACUGCUUAACCGAUGGCAUAUACCCGAGAUGGCCAGUUUUCUUGAAGACGAUCUCCUGCCCAACGGAUGCGAAGAGAGCCCUUUAUGCACAGCGGCAAGAGUCUGCAUGGAAGGACGUGGAACGAGGAUUCGGUGUGCUUCAAGCACGUGGGCCAAUAGUAAAAGCCUUGGCUCAUUCCUGGUAUAGACAUCAUAUUGCCAAUGUCAUGUACGCGUGCAUCAUCUUGCACAUCAUGAUUAUUCACGAUGAAGGUGCAAGAGUUGGCGAUUGGACCAACGAUGAAGCUGAAUCGAGCGCAGGUCAUGCAACCCCGCUGGUCAUUCGAGGUUUACCCUAUGGAGUCAGUGAGAGAUUACAAGCUCAGGAGAACAUGCGCAACCGACAAGCUCAUCUUCAACUCAUGAACGACAUGGUUGAAGAAGUUUGGACACGCAGUGGUCGUUGA